AUGAAAAGCUGUCUAUCAAACAUACUUGAGAAUAGAGGUGCUUUUAUUUUGUUUUUUAUUGGAUACUGUUUUACAAUUUUUGUUAAAUAUUUUGUGCUCUUAGUGCCUUACUACUACAGUGAUUUUAUUUUAACAGCAAAUGCAUCAACAUCAGAAACUUCUUCUUCAAUUAAAAAGGUUACGUUUAGUCGUUAUUGUAGAAAUGAAAAUUUAAACCAGGCCGGAUUAGAGGAAGGAACUGCAGAGCAACCAGCCAUACGAAAUUCACGGAAGAAAUAUAGUACAUGUUGUAUAGUCAUAUUAUGUAUUGUAUUAGUGGUUAUUAUAGGUCUAGUAUCAUUCUUUUUAAUUUUCAAAAUGCAAAAUAACUCAAGAACAGAUAUAUUAUUAAACGAAAAUAUGACAACCGUAUCGCUCAAUCAAACAAUGUAUAUACAAGACCAAUCAUCGACAUCAAUGGAAAUUCAAAGUUCAACAUCAAUGGAAAUUCAACAAUCAACAUCAACAGAAAGCCAAUCAUUUUAA